AUGGGGACAUCCGAUAAUAUUGAAACGAUACAGAGAAGAUUAGCAUGGCCUCUGCGCAAGGAUGAUAUGCAAAAAUCGAGAAAUGGUCCAAAAAUUAAUGGAGGAGUUUAUAAUGUCGAAUGGGACCGUCGAGAAAAUGUAUUCAAAAUAUCGGGAGAAGUAGAUCCAAAUAUACUAAUGAAGGCAGUGUUGCGUUCAGGUAGCCAUGCGGAGCUCAUCAAUGUUAAGCUCAAACAUCCACUACUAAGAUACGACAAUUAUUAUCGCUCAUAUGGUCGUCGUCCAACCUUUGGUAAUAAUUAUUAUAGAGAUGGUUAUCGGUCAUCAUUGCCGCCUUAUUAUGAAACUAAUUAUAAUAAUGAUCGUUAUUAUCCACAUGGCUUGCCACAUUAUGGUCCAGCUCCUCGAAUUGGUUAUGGUCCUUCUUACGACUAUGACCACCGAAAUCCACUCCCCUCGGCACCCUAUGUGCCUUCAUAUCCAUAUCAGGAUUAUAAUGACCCGUGUUACAAUGGUGCUUCGGUGGAUCCUUGCUCCAUCAUGUGA